AUGGAAGAAUUAAUGUCAACUCCGAUUAAAAAUUCACUUAAACGAGAGUCAUCAUCUCCAAUGAGCCCAGUGAUUUAUAAAACACCUUUGAAGCAGUUUGAAGCACGGAAAAAUUAUAACAGCAAUGAUAGAUCAAGAGGAAUUUCUAUGCUGUCUAGUCAUUGCACACCACCCUCAGGUUUGACUAAAUUUAUUGCCAGGAACCCGUUUGAUGCUGAACUUACUAAUCGACUUCAUAUGUCAGUAAUCAGUCCUACGAUAUUCAGCAAGGUGCCGACAAAAACACAUGAUUCUCCUUUUUCAUGGACGAUCGAUGAGUUGGCGAUGUUGAAACCCGUAGCGAUUGAAGAAUUUUCUCUCCAGCAGUCUCACGCAUCCGACCCGGAAGUCGAGAAGAGAGCCCAGGAAGCUAUAAAUAAAUUUUUUAGUGCUAAAGAAAUUCAUCCGAGCCCAUGGAACGAGCGGCGAGAGUCAGUUAAGCAGCUUAUGACUACUCCUGGUAGCUUGAUCGAGGAAAUCGAUAGUGAAAAAACUGAAAAAACUACCAGAGAUUGUUGGGCGCAAACAGAAUUGUCUCUUCCACCAAAGCUACCUCAACAUGUCGAAGAUGCUCUGAAACCAUUCUUUACUUUUACACAAGACCAGCAGGUCGAUAAUGACGAAGCCAACAGUUCGAGUAACAGUUCCUUGAGGAGAAAAUUAUUCUUUAACCAUGACGAUUCAAUAGAAGAUGACUCUGAGUGUUCGCUGAUUUUGUCCCCGUCUAAAAUAAAUUCUAGUCCUCCUCGCAGUGGAAUGAUGGCUCAUGGAACGCUUAUUGGGGAAGGAUUAAGUAAUAUGCAGAGAACUUAUGAUACAUCAUUUAGACCAGAUAAAUUAAUUUCACCACCGGACAUGUCGCCUAUAUGUAACCCAUCAAAUAAUUUAUCUAACAAUAGUCUUCGGUCGCGUAGAUCUGUAACGCGACUUGAUUUCUCUGCACAUAUGAGCGUUGACAGCUCGUACUUGGAGGAAAAAGAAAAUAAUAAUCCUCAAUUGGCUGCUAAUCAAGAAACUCUUAAUGAUACAAUGGCUGAUUCAGUAAUUGAAAGUAAAGAGUACAAUCAAAACGAAACAGUUGAAAUGGUUUCUUUGAUCCAAGAGACUACGCCACAAAAACAAUCAACUAAAAUUGACAAUGUUAUCAAAUUUAAAGAUUCAGUGGAUUGGUGUAAGAAUGUUAUUACUAAUGAAAGCUACAAAGGACGAAGAAAUUUCACAUCUGGUGGAUUUUCGGAUCAGAGCACCAGUGCCUUUACUUCUGCACAAGACACUGGUUAUCAGACUUACAGUAUGAACAAUACUGCUAAUACUAAUACUACAAAUAACCGGAGUUUUACUCCUGUCAAGAAAGGGUUUAAUUGGGACGAUCGUCACACCGGAAUGUCAUCUGUCAGUGAAAUAAGACUGUCCGAUUGGCAGGGUAACUUCAAUUCUGUGAUCAGCUCGACGCCUUCGAAAUUCAUACGAAGCAGAGAAAACCAUAUUUAG